UUGACAGCUAACUGACGUCAUCCCGCGACCCGUCAUCAAUUUUAUCAAUAUCAACAAAUAAAUAAUUAAAUUUUAAAUUAACAUUUUCGCGAAAAAAGAAAAUGGGAAACGUGGAUACUAAAUUGAAUUUCCGUAAGGCGGUGGUGCAGCUGACGUCUAAAACUGAGCCGAUUGAUGCAAGUGAUGACAACUUUUGGGAGCAGUUUUGGUCAGAAAAUGUCUCUCAUGUCCAAGAUAUUUUUACUCUUGUGCCUGCCACAGAGAUCCGCCAGUUAAGGGAGGAUGCUCCGGAGAAUUUGGCUACUUUAUGUUAUAAGGCAGUCGAGAAGCUUGUUAAGGCAGUUGAUAAUAGUUGCCGGACCCACAGGGAGCAACAAACAGUUCUGAACUGUACCAGGCUUCUAACAAGAAUCUUACCCUAUAUAUUUGAAGAUUCAGAAUGGAAAGGCUUCUUCUGGUCAUCUUUACCAAGCAAAUCUGAAGAAAAUGAGGAGGAUGCUGUACCUUUAGCCCAUUCUCUUCUGAAUGCCAUUUGUGAUUUACUCUUUUGUCCAGAUUUCACAGUGUCAGUGGGUCGCAAGAGUGGACCUGAUAAGGCUGAAGAUUUAUCGUUAAUAGACAGUUGUGAAUAUAUAUGGGAAGCAGGGGUUGGUUUUGCACACUCCCCGCCUAGAAACCCCCAAUAUGAUUCCAACAGGACUGAACUGCUUAAGUUACUUUUGACAUGUUUUAGUGAAACUAUGUAUCAUCCUCCUGCUGACAUUUCAUUAAACCCCAAUAAGUGGAUUAUGUAUUUAACUUCAGCAGAAAACCGCCAUGCUUUGCCAAUGUUUACCUCCCUUUUAAACACAGUUUGCUCAUAUGACCCUGUAGGUCUGGGAGUCCCUUAUAAUCAUUUAAUAUUUAAUGAUACCUUAGAACCCUUAGUUGAAGCUUGUCUUCAGAUAUUGAUAGUAACUUUGGAUCAUGAUACCAGUUCAGCUACCCCAGUUGAAUCUGAAGAUGUAGCAAUUCCAGAUAAUUUAUUUAUAAAUUACUUGUCAAGGAUCCAUAGGGAUGAGGAUUUUCAGUUUAUAUUGUCAGGUGUGACCAGGCUCAUGAAUAAUCCAUUGUUACAGACUUAUUUGCCCAAUUCAACUAAAAAGGUGCAUUGCCAUCAGGAGUUGUUGGUGUUUUUUUGGAAAAUGUGUGAUUAUAAUAAGAAAUUUCUGUACUUUGUACUAAAGAGUAGUGACGUUUUAGACGUACUUGUCCCUAUUUUGUACCAUCUAAAUGAUUCCAGAGCAGAUCAGUCCAGAGUAGGUCUAAUGCACAUUGGAGUCUUUAUUUUGCUACUUCUAUCAGGAGAACGGAAUUUAGGUGUGCGUCUGAACAAACCUUAUACAGCAACUGUUCCUAUGGACAUCCCAGUUUUUACCGGCACUCAUGCUGACUUACUGGUUAUUGUUUUCCAUAAAAUUAUUACCACAGGACACCAAAGAUUACAACCGCUGUUUGAUUGUUUAUUGACUAUUCUGGUUAAUGUAUCUCCUUAUUUGAAAACCCUCUCGAUGGUGGCCAGCACCAAACUGCUACACCUCCUAGAAGCGUUUAGUACUCCAUGGUUCCUAUUCUCAGCGCCCCAAAAUCACCAUUUGGUGUUUUUCUUAUUGGAAAUCUUUAAUAAUAUUAUACAGUAUCAGUUCGACGGUAAUUCAAAUCUGGUUUAUACCAUUAUAAGAAAACGACAGGUGUUCCAUAGUUUGGCCAACUUGCCAUGCGAUUACGGCACCAUAGUAAAAUCGAUCAAUAAAAAGAGCAAAUAUGCCAAACUGCACAGUUCAGUUAGUUCGGAGAACGUUUCGGAAGUUGCCAUGGAGGGUUCGCAUCCUGCUUUACCGGCAGAACCAGGAACUUUGAAUGCUACGUUGCCGGAUACGCCCCAUAUAGGCCAAAUGACCGAAAGGGAGUCGGCGCAUCCAGUUUCGUCUCCCAGUGAGCAACCGUUGACCAAUGGCAUGGCUGCGGUCACUUUAAAUAGCCCCUCGGCUACUGCAGUGUCCAUAGGAAAUGGGUCAGCGCCAGAACAAAAAGUAAAGAAUAACCAAAACCCUACUCCGGAAACGAAUUUCACGAGAGCAGUGAACACUAGAAACAGUUUGAGAGUAACGACCACAGCCGAAUUGGGCAAUGGCCAAUGGGUACCUACAGCCGAAUGGGUGCAUUCCUGGAAAAGCAAGUUGCCCUUGCAAACCAUCAUGAGAUUGUUGCAAGUGUUAGUGCCUCAGGUGGAGAAGAUUUGCAUUGACAAGGGCCUAACAGAUGAAAGCGAAAUCCUGAAGUUUUUGCAACAUGGUACUUUAGUUGGGUUACUUCCAGUACCACAUCCAAUCCUUAUAAGAAAAUAUCAGGCUAAUUCUGGCACCACCACUUGGUUCAGAACUUACAUGUGGGGAGUUAUAUAUCUCAGGAAUAUGGAUCCUCCCAUAUGGUACGAUACAGAUGUAAAACUCUUUGAAAUCCAGAGAGUGUAACUUAACCAUAUUCCAGUUAUUGUUAAUUCAUAUGGCUUUAAUUUUAUUCUAGUGAGAGUUAUUUAUGUGUUCCAAUUCACUAUUAAUUUAUUUCUUUUUUUUUGUAAAUGUAACUUUAAGUUGUGCAACCAUAGUUAUAACGUAUUAAUUAAUAUAUUAUCUCAAUAUAUUAUGGCAAAAU